AUGUCUCGAUCCUCGAUCUCUUCUUCCAGAAACCCACCCAUCCAGAUUGACGAUGAGCUGUUUGAGGGGUACUAUAAGAACCUUAUCAGAACAUUGAAGCAACAUGUAGAUUCAAAGGAGAACUCUGCUGAACUGAUAAACCUUAGGAAGAAGGUUGUGGAGUUGGAGUUUUUGCUUUCAACGGAAAAGUCAGUUGUUGACAAGCUUGAGAAGAAGGUAAAAAAGGAGAAGGAUGUUGUUAUAAUGCUUAACAACAAAUUGGAAGCUUCCAUGCAACAAAAUUCCAUGUUGAAAGUUUUGAUUGUGAUGAUCCUAUUGGUUGUUGCACUUUAG